AUGUCAACUUAUAUUAAACCUAUUGCCAAGAAGAUGCCUCCGAUUUCUAGGAAAAGACUGUCUGGAAGCGGUGCCAACCGUACAUUAAGGAGUUUAGUAAGAGCACUUGUGGAUAUAGGCACUCCACGGGAGAGAUCUGUGUCGGAAUUAGCCUCUGAGAUGAGUAAAAGGAUCAGUCUGAGCAAACCGUCGACUUUCAAUCGUAAGGGGGAACCAUCGGAACUCGAGCUCUGGUUAAGGGAAUUUGAUAAACUUUUUAAUGUAGUUGAGUGCCCAGAGGAACUGAAGGUCAACCAGGCUACGUUUUAUUUGGUUGGUGAAGCCGACUAUUGGUGGGCAAAUAGUAGAUCAGGGUUACUAAAACAAGUUGAUGGAGUCUUUAAUUGGGAUAUGUUUAAAAGGGCUAUGCGAGAGAAAUUUUACCCCUUGCAUGUGAGAAAAGAUAAGUCAAACGAGUUCGCUCGUUUGGAAAUGGGAGACAUGACUGUUGUUGAAUAUUAUCGAAAAUUUAUGGAAUAUAUUCAGUACUGUCCUGAUGAUGUUCCCACUGAGGAUAAAAAGAUGCAACGUUUUGAAUUGGGAUUGUCAUAUGACAUUCAAAAACAUAUUGAGAGCGACCGCUAUAACACCCUGGAACAGAUAUACAAGCGUAUGUCUCAAAUAGGGAAUAUUCUGAGAAAGGAGAAAGAAAAAGAGAAGAGUAAUGUCCCUGAGAAAAGGAAGGAGGGAAGUAGGUCUGGUACAAAUUCUGGGUUUAGGGGAAACGCGAAGCCUGCUAAGCCACUACUGGACCGAGAUGGCAAUGAAAGGAUGUAUUUCUGUAGGAGAUGCAAGGGAAAUCAUCCGGGAAAGGAUUGUGAUGGGAAUUUGGUCGAAUGUAACUUUUGCCACAAAAGGGGACAUAGGGAGUAUGAAUGCUACAUUAAGAAAGGGAAUGGAAGUCAACAGCCAGGUGGGCAACACCGGCAGCAAAAUUCGAAUAACUCCGGAAGACAAGUCAAUCUGCAGUACGGAAAUGGCCGGGUGGAUGGAAACCGGGUCGAAGGGUCAGGAAUACAACAUGGGGGAAAUCAAGUGGGAGGAAUAAAUACACAACCAGUUGGUGGACGGGUAUCUGCGGUCAGUGCAAAGGAAGCUGACCAAGCAACGGAUGUAGUUACAGGUACGUUCACCAUUCAUUCUGUAGCUGUUAACUUACUUUUUGAUUCGGGUGCAACAUGUUCUUUUCUUGCAAAGAGUAAGGUAGAGGAGUUGAAUUUAGGAACGUUUGAAAAAGUUUCUUAUACAAUGAUUGUUCCAUCGAGAAAAUUUUACAAUUGUGAUAGAUUGUAUAAGGAAGUACCCUUGAGAAUAGGGAAGGUCAUUUUUCCUAGCAACAUGUAUGUGUUAGAAAUGGAGGGUUUGGAAGUAAUUUUGGGGAUGGACUGGUUAGGGAGAUAUAAAGCCACUAUAGAAUGUAGGGAGCAAAGAGUGUUGCUAGAAGAACCAAGAGGGGAAAAGGUUAGAUAUAGAAAAUUUCAGAAAGGGCCCAAAACGAGUUUGGUUUUGACCUUAGAAUUGCAAAGACUCAUGAGGCAAGGACACCCAUUGUACUUAUGUCAUAUCAGCCAAGUGGGGAAGAGGGAGGAGGAUCCUAAGAAUAUUGCGGUGGUGAAUGAAUUUUUAGAUGUUUUCCAUGAUGAAAUUCUCGGCAUGCCACCUCAACGGGAAAUUGAUUUCACAAUAGACUUGGAGAUGGAGGAAUUAAAGUCUCAGCUUGACGAAUUAUUGGAUAAGGGUUAUAUCCGACCUAGUGUUUCCCCUUGGGGGGCUCCGGUUCUUUUUGUGAGGAAGAAGGAUGGCACUUUGAGAUUAUGCAGUAAUUAUAGAGAACUAAAUAAGGUGACCAUUAAGAACAAGUACCCGUUACCCCGCAUUGACGAUUUAUUUGAUCAAUUGAGAGGAGCUGGGAUCUUUUCAAAAAUUGGUUUAAGAUCGGGUUAUCACCAGCUAAGAAUAGCUGAAGGGGAUAUAUAUAAAACAACUUUUAGAACACGUUAUGGGCAUUAUGAGUUCACUGUGAUGCCUUUUGGAUUAACAAAUGCUCCAGCUGCAUUCAUGUGUUUGAUGAAUCAAGUAUUUAGUGCAUAUUUGGAUAAGUUCGUGGUAGUCUUUAUUGAUGAUAUAUUGGUCUAUUCGAAAGACCGAGAUGGUCAUGAGAAACAUCUACGUUUAGUCCUACAAACCCUGCGAGAAAACAAGUUGUACGCAAAAUCGUCAAAAUGUGACUUUUGGUUGGAAAAGGUCUCAUUUUGGGACAUUUUGUUUCUAAGGAGGGCGUCUCGGUUGAUCCGGCGAAAAUAUUGGCAGUUUGAAGCUGGUCAUCACCAAAGAAUGUCACCGAAGUACGAAGUUUCUUGGGCUUGGUUGGGUAUUACCGUCGUUUUGUCAAGGACUUCUCGCGUAUUGCUCGGCCUAUGA